AUGACGAGCCGUCGUUCAAUGUUAGGGUCAGCGCUGGAUACGCUACCCGCUACUAUAGAUCCUCUACGGGAAUUAUUCGAGGCCUGUAAAAUAGGAGAUGUAGCGAGGGUUAAAAAAUUGAUUACACCACAAUCAGUUAACGCGAGGGACACGGCUGGACGGAAGUCGACCCCUCUACACUUUGCUGCCGGUUAUGGCCGCAGAGAAGUAGUAGAGAUCCUUAUAGCCGGUGGGGCGGCGCUCCAGGCUCGUGAUGAAGGAGGCCUGCAGCCUCUACACAACGCGUGUUCCUUCGGGCACGCGGAUGUGGUUAGGGCUCUGCUGGCGGCCGGGGCUCCGCCGGCGGCCAGAGACAAUUGGGGUUACACGCCACUCCACGAGGCCGCUGCUAAAGGAAAAGUCGACGUCUGUAUAGCACUUCUCCAGCACGGCGCUGAUCCAAACAUACGGAACACGGAAGGCAAGACACCGUUGGAUUUAGCUGACCCAGCAACCAAACCGGUUUUAACAGGCGAGUACUGUGCAUCAGAUGUGUUAGAAGCAGCUCGUUCUGGCGCUGAUGACCGCCUCGCCUCACUCCUGACUCCUCUCAACGUGAAUGUUCACGCGAGUGACGGUAGACGUUCAACGGCUUUACACCUGGCAGCUGGAUAUAAUAGGGCGAGGGCUGUAAGACUACUUCUGCAGCGAGGUGCUGAUGUUCACGCCAAAGAUAAGGGAGGUCUGGUUCCACUUCAUAAUGCCUGUUCCUAUGGCCACUACGAAGUCACUGAGUUAUUAGUUCGAGCUGGUGCCGAUGUGAAUGCCACGGAUCUGUGGGCCUUCACUCCCUUACAUGAAGCUGCCAGCAAGGCCCGGUUGGAGGUCUGUUCGUUGCUGUUGAGUUCCGGUGCUGAUCCAACGCUUGUCAAUUGUCACGGAAAGUCAGCUCUUGACGUGGCGCCCGGACCUCAAAUCAGAGAGAGACUAGCAUUGGAGUACCGAGGCCAGUGUCUGCUUGAAGCUUGCAGACUGGCUGAUCCGGCAAGGGUGAAGAAACAUCUAACAUGUGUGACACAACCGGAACUGCCUCCCCUAUGCUCCCCAUCCCCAAGUGUUGAGAGGAUCACCGAGCUAGCCAACUUUCAGCAUCAAGCCACCGGAGACAGACCUCUACACUGUGCAGCGGCUAGUGUGUACCCUAAGAGGAAACAGGUAAUGGAGAUGUUAAUAAGAAAAGGGGCGCGAGUUAACGAAAAGAAUAAAGACGGACAGACGCCACUACAUAUAGCGACUGAGAACUCACACUUAGACGCUAUGGAUUUAUUAUUGAGGCAUGGAGCUAAAGUGAACGCGUGUGACGGUCGUGGUGAGAGCGCGCUAGCUGUCGCUGCCAGGAGGGACUCGCCCGCCGCGUGUAGGCUGCUGCUGGCGUGUGGCGCGCAUGACACGGAACAUGAUAACACUUGUGAUAAUGAUGACGCCUGUACAAACGCCGCAGCUCUCCGUCUUCUUGAAGCAGCUCGAACAGGUGACGUGGACACGGCUCGUGACAUUCUGGACUCAAGACCUGGACUCGUUAACUGUAGAGACCUGGACGGAAGACACUCAACACCCCUUCAUUUCGCAGCUGGAUACAAUAGACUGCCGCUAGCACAACUCCUGCUGCAGAGGGGAGCUGAUGUUCACGCCAAAGACAAAGGAGGUUUGGUCCCACUUCAUAACGCCUGUUCCUAUGGCCACUACGAGGUCACUGAACUCCUGGUAUCUGCGGGUGCAGGAGUUAACGCUGCUGACCUCUGGAGGUUCACGCCGCUGCAUGAAGCAGCUGCGAAAGGAAAGGCUGAUAUUGUACGGCUGUUGUUGAAGCACGGAGCUGACCCGACCAGGCGGAACAGAGACGGACUGACUCCUCUACAGUUAGUGCGGCCUGGUGAUGGAGACACCGCUGAUGCUCUUAGAGGAGACGCCGCGCUAUUAGAUGCUGCUAAAAGAGGCGAUCUGGCUAGAGCAAAGAAGUUAAUAACUCCACAAAACGUCAACUGCAGAGAUGCUCACGGCAGGAAUUCAACUCCACUACAUUUAGCUGCUGGCUACAACAAUCUAGAAGUAGCAGAGGCCCUUCUAGAAGCGGGUGCUGCUGUAUCAGCUCGUGAUAAAGGCGGGCUGGUGCCUCUCCACAACGCUGCGUCGUACGGCCACGUGGAACUGGCGGCGUUACUUCUGAAAGCGGGAACUCCGCCGAACGCCGCGGAUAGAUGGGGCUUCACGCCGCUGCAUGAGGCCGCGCAUAAAGCUAGGACUCAGCUGUGUGCUUUACUUUUGGCGCACGGAGCUGACCCGUUCCUCAAGAACCAGGAGGGUCAAACAGCACUGGAGCUGGCUGGUGCUGAUGACGUACGAUCACUGCUGACGGACGCCAUGACGGGCGGGGCCGGAGCAUCCGCGGGGGCGGAGCCACACGAGGCCCCGCCCACACCGCUACCGCCGCCGCACGCGCCGGUCUUACUACCCAGCGGUGAUACAGUCCCGUUACCAUUACCGGUCCUGUGUAGUAACUACUGGUCUGAAGGGUCCCGCGGGUCCCUAGAAGAAGCCGCCGGUCGCCCCGCAUCAGCUCUGUCCGCUGAUUCACUACACGCCUUCCUCGCUAACAUUGGCCUGGAACAGCUAGCGUCAGUUCUGGAGCGAGAACAAAUUACUGUUGACAUAUUGUCGGAAAUGUCACACGAAGAUCUACGGGCGGUCGGGGUAGCGGCUUAUGGACACCGGCACCGAUUGAUGAAGGCCGCGAGGCAGGGGGCGAGGGGGACGGAGUGGUACGGUGGUACAACCCUAGUAGAGGUGUCUCCCAGCGGCGGAGAGUGUGUGCCGGAGAGUGAGGGCGGCGCGGAGGGAGAGUACGAAGUGUUGGAGAGAGAGAUGCAGGCCUCCGUGAGGACGCACAGGGACCACGCGGGCGGAAACUUCACGAGAUACAACGUAGUGCGGAUACAAAAAAUAGUAAACGGUCGUCUUUGGGAGCGUUACCAACAUCGGAGACGCGAGGUGUGUGAGGAGGCGGGCGGAGCUAAUGAGAGGAUGUUAUUCCACGGGUCGCCAUUCAUUAACGCUAUAGUACAGAAAGGAUUCGAUGAACGACACGCUUAUAUAGGCGGCAUGUUCGGCGCGGGCAUCUACUUCGCGGAGCACUCGUCUAAGAGCAACCAGUACGUGUACGGCUUCGGAGGAGGCUCCGGCUGUGUGGCGCACAGAGACAGGAGCUGCUACGUGUGUCACAGACAGAUGCUCCUAUGUCGCGUGACGCUAGGCCGAAGCUUCAGUCUGUCAAGCGCAAUGAAGAUGGCACACGCCCCGCCGGGGCAUCACAGCGUGGCGGGCUCCCCGGCCGCCGGCGGGCUGUGCUUCCCCGAGCACGUGGUCUACCGAGGGGAACAGGUGAGAGGGGGAAGUGACCUCACUGACGACCGGCCGGCGUUAGGCUUAUCCAGAAUACCUGAUAACGUACCAGCUGGUUAG